ACACUUGUUUUAGUCGUAUACUCGUGUUGAGUGUAAUCAAGUCCGAGUCAAAAAUGGCUUCCUACGAGAAAUCUGCUGCAGACCAUCGCAGAAAGUGGGACCGCGAAGAAUAUGAGAGACUUGCGAGUGAAAGGCUCAAAGCUGAACAGCUGUGUCAGCUGGACAAAAAUCUGAAGGAACCACCAGUAAAACGAGCAUUACUGCAGCCCCGUGACUACAGGGUCGAUCUUGAAUCAAAGUUGGGUAAAUCUAUGGUUAUAACCAAGACAACGCCAGCAUCUCAGCAAGGAGGAUAUUAUUGCAAUGUCUGUGAUUGUGUUGUCAAAGAUUCUAUUAACUUCUUGGAUCAUAUUAAUGGGAAAAAGCAUCAAAGGAAUUUAGGAAUGUCAAUGAGAGUUGAACGGUCAUCACUGGAUCAGGUGAAAAAGAGAUUUGAAAUGAAUAAAAGAAAGCAAGAAGAUAAGAAAAAAGAAUAUGAUUUUGAAGAGAGAAUGAAAGAAUUAAGAGAAGAAGAAGAAAAACAAAAAGCUUAUCGUCGAGAACGUAAAAGAGCUGGCAAAAAGAGAGCUGACGAAGAUUAUGAACCAGGAGAUCCUGACAUGGCAGCUGUGAUGGGAUUUUCAGGAUUUGGCACAGGGAAAAAAUAACAAUUCAUUCAUUGAAUAAAGAGACAUUUCGUACAGUUUUUUUUUUUUAAAAAAAAGGAAAAAGAAAACAAAAAUUCACAUCAUUUCACAACAAUUCAUCAGUCUUAAAGAAAUUUAACUGUAAUUGACUCUAGGGCACCUCAACCAUCCAGGAGGGUUGCAAUACAAACAGUAGCACAGAAUGUGGGAGUGGAGGGGCAUCCGAGUGUCCUGCCCAGGAUACAGCCUGGCCCUCUUGGAGUGUAAAGAAUUUAGGGCUGAAACACUUGUAUGAGUCUUCUCUGCAGACUUUCUGCUGUUUAACUCUCCCAAGAGGUUCUUCCUACCUAAUUAGAUUUCAGUAAAAUUUGCAGUUUCAAAAUUUCCAAGUGGUUGUAAAUGUAAACAUGUUGAACCUCACAUCACUCUUGGUCAAGCUGACUUAUGAUUAAAGUCAUUCCAGCCGUGUUCAACCAAUCUUUUUAAGGGUAUGUUGGAUAACAUUAUCCAAUGGGUGCUUAAUAAUUGGAGAUUAGUUUGUAUAUACUGUGAACAAUCAUUGUGAAAUUUAUAAAUAUUUUUUCAAUUCAGGAA